AUGAACGCUGUCAGUAUUGGGGAGUACCAUGGGCUACGGGUGGGCUCGGCUCUGCUUAGCAUCGUUGCCGGCUGUAUCAUCAUCGGUGUGUCCAAAGACUGCGAUGCCGACGCUGUAGGGGGCAUCUUUCUGGGCGCGGGAGGUCUAGUUUUCGUUUGUUCCGCAGGUCUCCUCAUUUCUGUCUAUCCUUUCAUAAGAGCAUGGUUCAAUUUCCAUCACAUCCUGCCCAACUUAGGAAACUUCCGGGUGCACCCCCUGGCGGCUCCCGAGCAACCACCCGACACACUGAAAAGAGAAGGUACACAGGGUCAGAUGGGGAUGGAGAGAUCUAAGAGUCGGAUGGGGACGUUUGUGGAAACGGCUGCUGCUACAGCUGAAGGCUCUCAGGAGGACGGGCCCUCUUCAGAUGUUCCUGAUAUUCUGGGAAGACGAAAACAGGACCUUCCCUGAGUCCUGAAGCCGACCUGAACAAUGUUCUCACACGAUUAAAGCGAUAGUUCAAUGACCACGCCCCCCUGCUCUUCACGAAACCCACCCUACACUAGCUACACCAUGCCGUAAAGGGUUCUUUGGAGUUGUUUCUGAAAACAAGAAUUUAAUUUAAACCACAACGUAAUUUUUUAAAAAUAUUUUUGCGAAAUUAUGAGAUCUCAACUGUUUAUCACUAUUAUUUUUCUUGGAUACAAAUAGAGCUUAAAUUUUUGGUCCAAUCCCGAGCCCAAGAAAAUGGUCUGUGACGUAAUCUUAAGUACUGUAUUUUAAUGCUAUUUUAUUUUUUAUUUUAUAUAAAGCUAUAGUGUGAUAAUCACAAUAUAGCAAAACAACAAAUCACACUUUGAUGGCUUUGAACUUUCUUUAGAGUUUUAUUAAUUAUAGUUCUAUGCUUCUUCCAUGCUGCACUGUUCAUUAACAUCAUUCUGAACAGAUUUCUCUCAGAAUUGUAGAUAAAAACUUUUUAAAAAACUUUAAAAAAUGUUGGUUUAAAUUGGGCUUGUGUUUCUACUUACAGUUUAUGGGUUGGGCUGAAUUUUUUAGACUUAAUCUAAGCUCUAAUACAAACAAUUAUACAGUGAAGAAACUUAUUUUUUGGAGUGGUGAACCAGUCAUGCGACCCUACACACAGCACUGGGAGAGUAUAGCUUUUACAUCUGCAUUUGAGUCUAUUUGAGGCAAACUCCAAGAUCAGUGAUUUAAGUAGGAGAACCUGCUAAAAAUGGUCAAUUCUUGAAAUCAGUGUUCACACUUCACCAAACAAACCGGAUUCUCGUAAAUCACUAGUGUGAAAACACUGUUGAACGUAAUUUAUUAGAUUAGUGAACAAAAACUGGUAAAGAACCGUUUACGGCAUCACAGUGGCAGCAGUGUGUUUGUGAUAAGUAAUUCAACACUGUGUUUUAUAUCACUUCUGUGUUUUAGAAAAAAUGCACAAUCUUCUAAAUUUCACCCAAAAACAUCCAUAAGAACCACAUUUUGAUUUCACCUGUCAAUCACCCAUUUUCAAUCCUAACCACACCCCCCUGACUGGUUUUACUCACUGGUUAUCUUUCUUAAUGAAUAAAACAAA